AUGACCUUUCUACGGUCUGACGCAGUCCCAGUCCCAGCACCAGCACCGCAAGAAUGGUCAUCAAGCCGAAAAUAUGCAGUGCUGAUAGAUGCAGGAUCCUCAGGAUCUCGUAUGCAAGUGUACUCGUGGAAAGAUGCCAUCGUGGACAAGGCUACGAGGACGAGCGGUGGUUUGCCUGUCAAGGUGUUGCCGGAUGUGCAGAAAGGUACUUGGGAAGGCAGCGGGUUGGAAUGGCAGAAAAAGGUGGAGCCUGGCCUGUCGUCCUUCGCCACACACCCGCAAGAUCUAUCACUCUACCUCCGACCACUUCUGGAUCAAGCAGAGCGCAUCGUGCCACCCUCUUCAUUGAGCGAGACGCCCAUUUACGUGCUAGCAACGGCCGGUCUGCGGCUCUUGUCACCUUCGCACCGCACCAGCGUGCUACGAGAGACGUGUCGGGUAAUUCAGACCCAGUCUCGCUUCAAGGUGGACAGGAUAGGCAAUUGCGAAGAGCAGGUUCAGGUCAUCAGUGGAGAGGAAGAAGGUUUGCUUGGUUGGAUCGCCAUCAACUAUCUAAUGGACGGUUUCCACUUCAAAGAAGAGGAGGAGAAGAAGAAGAAGAGACCUGACCUGAUCGAUCAUGCGGCUGUCACCUCAAAUAGGACGCGCACGCAAAGCACGUUUGGUUUUCUGGAUCUGGGAGGAGCAUCGACUCAGAUCGCUUUCCAGCCUGCCGACCCCGCAGCAGAGGAAGACCUGACUCGCGUCACGCUGCGGAUGCUGGAUGGGACCGAUGUGCAAUCGGAUGUCUUUGUCACCACCUUUUUGGGGUACGGAACCAAUAGGGCUCGAGAGAGAUAUGUGGAAGCGCUAGCUCUGGGCGCGCACAAUACGACCGCCAACAAGACGGACGAGAGACAAAAACAGGUCGCUGCUAUUGCUGCCUCCGCUUCGCCUCCAUCUUCCUCGACAAAAUCCAACGCGUCUUCCACAUCCAAUGCAGCGCAAAACUUGGUGGCCGCGGCGGCGGCAGCAGCUGUGUCCGACAGCUCGUCACUAAUCCUCACGGAUCCAUGCUUGCCUUCUGGACUAUCUUUGCAGACGCAAACCAACGAGACGCUGCUUGGCACUGGCUCGUUCGAAACUUGCUUGGCAUCGCUCGAACCUCUGCUGGACAAAUCGGCAGCUUGUUCAAGACCGCCUUGCCUCUUUCAUGGGGUGCACGUGCCCCCAAUCUCUUUUGCUACCAAUCACUUUGUCGGCGUAUCCGAAUACUGGUUCUCUAGCAAUGACGUCUUUGGGCUUGGAGGAGUAUACGAUUUCGUCAGCUUUCAAAAGGCCGCUUCGGACUUUUGUCAGAGGUCUUGGAGCGACCUCAGCAGCACGUUCGAGGGGCACAAGACGUGGGGACCUCAGGUGGACCUAGGUCGGUUGCAGAUGCAAUGCUUCAAAGCGGCCUGGAUGACGACUGUGCUUCACGAUGGUAUCGGUCUACCCCGCAUUCUGGACGCUGGUGGCGAUGGGGACGGCAAGCCUCAUUCGGAUCAAGCGAUGGAUAAAGCGGACGAAAAGAAUUUAUUCCAAAGCGUCAAUGAUGUCAAGGGCUUGGCCGUUUCAUGGACGCUUGGCAAAGCAGUCUUGGAAGCUAGCAGGGACAUUCCUCCAGCCAUCGUCACUGGGUUUCCAGCCAAGGCUCCCAUCGUAUCCAAUCCCGGCUCGUCUUCUUGGGCCGACAAGUGGAGGCCGACUUGGCAUAGGCCUGGCGAUCCUCUCGCCCCGCCGCUUUCCCCUCUGAGAGCGGGCAAGCAUCGCAUCAGCGGCGUUUUGGUGCUCCUGUUUGUUUUGGGCACCUUUAUGCUCUGCCUCUUUGGCUGCUUCUUCAAAGGCAGAAGUCCCAGAGCUAUCAAGCGACGCAACGCUUUCAAGGAUGCCUUGCCGCCUCCUUUGGGUUCUUGCUUUGGUAUGUUCAGGACGCGAAGCGGAGCAGGAGGGAAUGGAAGAGGCGAAUAUGUGCUUGCGGAGAUGGACGAAGGGGAUAUGGAAGCUGCCACGGGACAGGACUGGGGCGGCGCGGGUGGCACUAGCAGCUCGGAAGAGAAUGAUCCGAAAGGGGCAAGUCUGGCUAGCAAGGCGGAGAGGAGGAGGUUGCACCGCAACGAAGCGGGAAGGGGUGGUGUUAGCACGUAUGGACUAUUCGGCUUGCUCGCCUACCCUUUUCGCGCCGUCUUUUGGGGACGAAAUGCGGCUAGAGGAGUGGCGGACAGGAACAAGCGAAGAAAUGAUGCGGAUCAUGCUACCGCCGCCGCGGCUAGAAGAGCUUUGAGAAGACAAACCAGCACAAUGUCCCUCGGAAUGUCCACUAGAGCCAAUUCGCCCGCCAUACCCAUUACGGGAGCCUUCAACGGAACAUCUUCACCCGUCAUCUCCAGGCCUGCAAGUCGAGCCAAUGCUCGUUCGCCACGCACCGUCGGCGCAGGUGCCAACAGCACAGCGCACGGCGUAACCCCCAUCAGUUCUCCCCAGCCGUUUGGAUCUUCGGCGGGGUACUUUGGCAAUGCUUGGAUCAGCAAUGGUGCCGGUGGGGCCGGCACUGGUGCAGGUGCAGCGGGUGCAGCGGGUGCAGGUGCUGGCACUGGCGUUGGCGUGGGCAUGGGCGAAUCGGCGUUCACGACGAUGAGCAGUGGGAGCGCAUAUGGCUCUCGAGCAUCUUCUCGCGUGCCCAGUCGAGCUUCUUCUCCAGCCUUUGGAUCAGGCGGCAACUCCGUCUCGCCCCUUACCAAUCCCAACAAUCAAACCUCUUCAGAAUUGAGACCUCCAAAAACGACAUUGUCGAGAAAUCUGUCGGGGACGAACCUGAAUGGGAUGCAUCAUCAUGCGCUCGCUCCUAGAUCAUCGACGGCAGCAGCGGGAGCUUUUGCUAGAAGAGUCAGCGCGUCCAAUGGAAACGCUCCUGCACAUGGCGUUUAUACCGUUGGCACUUCGCAGCAUGCAUCUCUGCCCCAUUCAUACUUGCACAGAGCUGCGUCUGGCAACAACCUCAUCGGCGGCACCGGCGUCGGCAGAGAACAGGAAAUCAGAGAACAUCGUGGAGAUCUCAGUCUGGAUUGAAUCCGGCAGCUAGCUCUGAAUGCUUUUUGGACGAUCAAUCAGUAUCCGUAUGCUCUCUCUCUCCCUCCCUCUCUCUCUUCCUCGCCUUCAUCCUCCUUCUGUUGACAGGAUGUCGCAAUCGCACAUGCAUCACGCCACUUGCGCCCCCCUCAGGGUUUCUUUCUUGUUCAAUGUCGGGACUUGAAUGUACAAGUAUCCAUUGCCCUGCUACUAGUACCACUGCUAAUACCCCUUUCAGCACCUCCGUCCAUUCAAACUCGGAACAAUGCUCGUGUGCAUCGGCAAAUCAAAAUGUGGAAGAGCAGGUGUGCGGUUUUGCGAAAGCCGACGUCGGUACAAAGGGAGGAAAAGGACCUUGGCUCGCGCGCGCGCGCGCGUGCGUGCGCCCGCCAAACAGGGACGAAAAUGAUACAGUGUACAGUGGAGAUGAGGAAGGGG